AUGUUGUUAAAAUGGCAACAGUGGAAUGCCCUAAUACAAUCAUACUGUGAUCCAAUGAUUCCACAUGAGUUCAAGGGUUUUGCAUUUGAGUCAUAUGUGAUCCGACUGUUUAUGAAUGGUGAUUGUAUGCUUCCUUGUAAGAAACUUGGAGCUGUUAAGGAUGCCAUGAAUACAAACAGCAAUAAUAAUAAGAAGGAUAAGUCAAGCACAAAGCAGCAAUCCCUCAAUGAAGGAGAAUUAAAGCUACCAUCAAAACCAUAUAUAUCAAUACUGCUUAUACCUACUAUCAAGAACUUUGGCACUGUUGAUUUCUUUAUGACACCUGACUACUUAUUACAAGUGACAAUUGCUGAAACUCACCCAAUCAAGCACAAGCAGCUAUGCAACAUUGUCAACAGCAUGCAAGUCAAUCACAGGCAGUUGCAGGAAGAUAAGAAAAUAAGGUUCUACUUUGUAGUGCCAGAAGACAUUUAUGAUAAUUUCCAAUACCAGAAGAUUGUGACAAGUGAUAACAAAGAGGUCACAAAACUGUCCAACAACCUUGAGAAUGUUGAACAAUGGGUGGUAAAAAUCUCAACGACUUCUGGGACUGCUAAUAGUAAUAUAGGAAUUUGA